GAGGGCAUGUCUACUGUGUGAACACACGAGGCCGAACACUAAAGAGCUGCUGCCCUCGCACACAUCACGCGGGUUUUACCGGGGAAACAGUCUCGCACUGAGCCGGCAGGAUCGCGCAGCGUCGCGGCUCUGCUGAUUAAAUUCCUCGCGCAGAGAGCAGCAGCACUGAAGCACCGCAGAGGAGCAGUGUCACUGACAGGCGCUCGGCGGGGCGGAAUGGACUACAGUUAUGAUACGGACCUGGAAGAGUUGUGUCCGGUGUGUGGGGAUAAAGUUUCUGGCUAUCAUUAUGGUUUAUUAACCUGCGAGAGCUGCAAGGGUUUCUUUAAGAGGACCGUACAGAAUAACAAACGGUACACAUGUGCAGAGAGUCAGGACUGUAAGAUCGAUAAAACCCAGAGGAAACGCUGUCCGUUCUGCCGCUUUCAGAAAUGUCUGAACGUCGGGAUGCGGCUGGAAGCUGUCCGUGCUGAUAGGAUGCGAGGAGGGCGCAAUAAAUUUGGCCCUAUGUACAAACGAGACCGGGCGUUAAAGCAGCAGAAGAAAGCUCUCAUCCGGGCUAGUGGCUUAAAGAUGGAAGCCACGCCCCCUUUGAUGUCAUCCCCUCAGUCUGACUACAGCUUCAGCACCGCUCUGUCCACCCCAGCUCUGAAAAACACCCACCUAAACAUUGGUACCUCGGUGGCCCCUACAGAUUACGAACGCAAUCUCUACGCAUCCAGUUCCCUGUGUUUAUCCAUCCCCAUACCGGCGCACACCCCUCUACAAGCACAGUACCCAGCGUAUCCCACCCUGCCCAGCCGCGCCAUCAAAUCUGAGUAUCCCGACCACUACACAAGCUCAGAGCAUUACACCAGUGCCAGCUCCCCAGAAUCCAUUCCAGGCUACACAUACGUCGACCAGACGCAAGUGUCGACCAGCCCGCCGCUCGCCCCACUGGGCUUAACGGUACCACCGCUGGUUCUAGAGUUUGUUCGCUGUGAGCAAGAUGAGCUGCAGGUGCAAAGCAAGAUAAGCGCUCACCUGGCUCACCUGCAGCAGGAACAGAACUCUCGGAGUGCGGCGGCCAAUCAGGAACAGAACACACGUCUCGCUGCCAAACAGGAACAGCUCAGCACCUUCGGCCUGAUGUGCCACAUGGCCGAUCAGACGCUCUUCUCUAUAGUGGAGUGGGCGCGAAGCUGCAUCUUCUUUAAGGAGCUCAAGGUGGGAGAUCAGAUGAAGUUGCUGCAUAACUGCUGGAGUGAGCUGCUUGUGCUGGACUACAUCGCCAGACAGUUGCAUCAUGGGAAAGAGGACAGUGUGCUUCUCAUUACUGGACAGGAGGUUGAGCUUGCGUCUUUACUGGCCCAGGCAGGGGUCACUCUGAACGGGAUGAUACAGAGAGGUCAGGAGCUAGUGCACCGUCUGCAGGAGCUUCAGUUGGACCGCAGAGAAACCGCUUGUCUCAAAUACCUCAUCCUCUUCAACCCCGAUGUGAAGCUGUUGGAAAACCAACCUUACGUGGAGAGCGUGUACGAGCAGGUGAACGCCGCGCUGUUGGAGUACACACUGUGUGCGUAUCCACAAUUCCCGGACAGGUUUAGUCAGAUCCUGCUGCGCCUUCCUGAGCUCAGAGCACUCAGCACACAAGCUGAAGACUACCUGUGCUACAAACACCUGAGCGGAGAGGUGCCGUGCAACAACCUCCUCAUAGAAAUGCUGCAUGCCAAGAGAACCUCCAUCUGACACACACACACAUUUACAGGCCCGAUUCCUUUGCAGAUGACACUGUUAUUGACUAGAUGUUUUGCAGCAGUCGUCUUUCGCACACAGAAAACCUCAUCAACCAUGCCACUGUGUUUCUGAAAGGAAAGAUGGGAGAUGUAAGCGUUAUUGACUGUGCUGCAGCGAUGACGUAUUUUGUAGGUCAGCAUCACCUUGGUUCCUUUGACAAAAACACAAUUCAAUUUUUUAUUGGUUUUUGCAGAAAAUAAGCUCUGUGAUUCUUACCCAUUUUGGUCAGGAAUGAACAGCUGUUUGAAGCCUAAAUACAAUCACUUGGAAGUAGAAAGCUAAACUCUAAAGCACAGUCGCAUGACUUCUGCUCUUUCA